AGUAGGGCUAUCAGCGAGCCUACAGCUUAUAGGGUUUUAGUAGGACUAGCGGCGAGCCUACAGCUUAUAGGGUUUUAGUAGGGCUAGCGAGCCUACAGCUUAUAGUCAACUACUCGCCAGGCGUGGUGGGGGGUUGCGUUUCGUGCUUUGCGUCUGCAGCCUGUGCUGGCGUGGAGGGGGAGCAGCCGCUGUGCAGGGUGAUUAUGAUGAUCCGGGCGCUGGCGAAGAGGCGAGCGAUGCCGCUGGGGUCUUGUUAGCCUCGGGGCUAGAGUUGGGUCUGUAGGUGUUAGGGUGAGGAGGCCACAUAUCUUGAUGUCGGGGUGUAGCGCUUGCCGGUUAAGGCUAGGUUCGGGGUUGCAGAUCGGGUUAGAGCGUCUUGGUCGAGUUAGGGUUAGGUUCAGAGCUCGCAGUAGGAGAUAGGAUCCAGGGCGAGUACUGCACCCAGGAGUCAUCGUUUAUUUUCAUGCGCACCCUUUUGGACAUCCAUCACUGAAGCAGUGCAAUGUUGGCGUGACGGACUCGAGUGUGGACCUCAUUCUACAUCCGUCUAUUGUCACGAAUAAGCUGUCGCAUGCUCUAGCCACUCUCCUUCCAGUACGGUUACUUCUGAAGAUUUUUUUUUAUCGGGAUCCAGGUUCGAUCCCGGGCUUACCCGGGGGGUCAGGAGGUCAACGUCAGCAUCAGCAUGGAGCCCCUGCACCCGGCCCAGGUGACCGUCCGCGCGGCCGCGGGUCGCUCCGUGAGGCCCUAUCGCAGCGAGCUGGCCUACCUGCACGCCAUGAAGGAGGACCUCGCCCAGUGGCUCAACGUCAUCUUCUCCGACGUGGCCUUCGACGUCUCCGCCGACAACUUCACGGCCACCUUAUCGGCCGGGUGGCCCCUCUGUCGCCUCGCCAACGCCGUGAGCCGCUGGGCCGCCGACUGUUCCCGUGCGCGGGAUCCUGGGACAGGGCUCGAACCCAGGUCUCGGGGCCCAUGGGUUGCCGUUGAGGGGUGUCCCCACAGAGCUUGCCCUCCCCGUGGCCUCGACCUCUCCUCAUCCUUUAGUACCAUCUCGAGUUCCAACAACAACAACACCUUCCUAACCUCCGCCAACACCACCGGUUCGUCGCCCACUUCAUCGUCGUCGUCGUCCUCUUCACUAUUCUCAUCGUCGUCGUCCUCUUGCAACUGGAAGAAAGGUCUGAAUCAGAGGUCGUGGCGUAAAGACGAGGAGGUUGAUGUUGAGGAGGAGGAAGAGGAGGAGGUGGUGGACCAGGACGAUGUUGAGAGGUCCAACGGCGUCAUGGAGCAGAGGGCCACUUUUGCCGCUCGAGAUCGUGUGGCAACUUUCUUGGGCUGGUGCCGCUCGGAGCUUGGCGUUCCAGAACAUCUCACCUUCGAGACCAACGACCUCAUGGAAGUCGGGCGACAAGAUCGGCGAGGGGGCGGCGAACGUCAGGUGGUCUUGUGCCUCCUGGAGGUGGCGAGACGAGGUGCCCGAAUGGGAGGCCCUGCUCCCGAGCUGGUCAUGUUGGAGAGGGACAUCGAGGUGGCCGAGGCUCUGGCCGCUGGCCACGAGGUCCCAGUGGUCGGAGUCGGGGUCGGGGCGACAACGAGACCAAGGAGCUACGAUUUCAAGAAUCUCGACCUCAUGGUGCGCAAGGCGGUGAGCGUGUGCACCUGCCCGGCUCAGUUCCCCGUGCGGCGCGUGGCCGACGGGAAGUACCGCGUGGGGGACUCGAGCACGCUCAUCCACGUGAGGAUCCUGCGCAGCCACGUGAUGGUGCGUGUGGGCGGAGGUUGGGACUCCCUGCAGCACUACCUGGACAAGCACGACCCUUGCCGCUGCAUGUCCUCGGCUCACCGCCGGGUCUGGCAGCAGCAGCAGCAGCUGCAGCAGCAACAGGAGACGGACUUCCAACGCAGCCCGCCCUCGAAUCCGUCGCACUCCUCCCCAAAGCGUAAGGCGGAACCCAAUCAGGAUCCACCCUCGCGGAGGUCAACCACCCGGACGACCCCAUCGCUGUCCCGGAGCUCCACCCCGCUCAGGUCGCAGGCCGAGAGGCUCAGCGUGUCGCACAACGGCCCCUCGAGCCCGAGAUCCCGUGACCACAGCGCACCCCCAACCAGGGACCACGCGGAUGGGCGGGGACCCCUGCCGGCCAGCAACGCCAGCAAGGGGGGCACGCCUAAGACCUCUUCGCCCAAAACCACAAACCGCAUCGCUGCCGCCCCCACCGCCACCGCCACCCCCACCGCCGGGACCAGGCCUCACCGGGAUAAGACGCCGCGCGGCUCGCCGCCGUCGGGCAUCGCCGGCGUGCCAUCUGCGGGCCGCCGCCAGAAGGAAGUGGUGAUGAUGGUGAACCGCGAGAAGGACGGUCACCACCUGCUGACACGGCUCGAGCCGCGGCUGGCGCCGCGCCGCGGCCGCUCGCAUCCGGGCAACCUCCCCGGCGCCCGGCACGAACGCGGCGACGGUGCCGAGGACGAGUCGGCGACGCCGCCGCUGCUGCUGAGCCCCGGGUGGAGGAGGGCGGCGCAGGACGAUGGCGGCGGCGACGCCACGGACGGGCUGGGCGACAGCGGCCGCUGGUCACAGGCGUCGGCGACGUCCCCAACGACGAGGGCGGCGGCGGCGCGGGCGGGGCCCACGCCGCCGCGGCCGAACCCCGACUCGGCGUACGCAUCGAAAAACUCGUCGGCGUCAUCGCUGAUCGCGGCCCGAGGCGUCGGCGGCAACCAUGGCGCCGUCGAGCGGUCUAACCAGCCGGUGCGGCCGCGCUCGCCGCCACUGGGGUCCGCUUCAUCGGCGGCGAGGCCGCGAGCCGGCGCCGGUGGGACGCCGGCAUUGCGGCCGCCCCCGAUGCGCCGGCAGAGUGGCGGCCCGUCCCCCAGCCGGGUGGAGCAGACGCUGCGGCUGGUGCGCACCAAGAGCGUCCGCAGGAGCAAGCGCGAUUGGCAGCCGACGGCGGCGGCGGCGGUGGCGGCGCCGGGCGACGGCGCUGCGAGGGCUGGUCCGCCCGAUGGAAAGAACCCACAGCAGCGGCCGGUGCUGAACGGACGUCCAAUAAAAUCGCCACAGAAGCCGGGCAAGGCGCGGUCGGACACUGCACAUGCGGCACAUAGUGCGACCGCCAACGGAGUCCGGAAUGUGGAGGAGACGCCGACGGUGACGGUGACGGUGGCGCCGUCACCGGAGCAGCAGCCGCGGCGCGCGGGGCAGCAGCAGCAGCUGCGGCGGCCCGACCGUGUGCCGUCCUUCUACAAGCUGAAGCUGCGGCCCAAGAUACGUCCUCGGACAGACCGCGUGCCCGAUGCGUGCCCGUCCCGGAUCCCCGCCCCCAACGGCGUCCUUCCCAGGAGUCGCCGGACCCCGCCGAGAUCCCCGGCACAGACGGCGUCGCCAGCGAAGGGCGCGGCACGAGAAAGAGCCCUGGGUCAGGAGGCCACGAGGGAUGAGGUUGCCGACGAGUCGUGGGUUUAGCGAUUUCGCGGUGGCUACUUGCAAGGUGUCCUCUCUGAAUCAACGAGCGCGGGGAGGCUGCGGUGUCUUCUGCUGGGGGGUGGGUCCUGAGCCAGUGGUAGAAAUUCUACAUUGCUGUGGCAGCGAUGAGUCCCUCCGGUGAGGAUAGGUUGCCACCUCCUGAAGUUCAUGAAGCCAGAGCAUAUCUUGGGUAUACGAAGAAGAAGAAUAAUGUAUCACAAUACCGGAAGCAGGGAGAACUGCGUGUUGAGUGGUUUAUUCUGAUUUUAUUGAAAAAAUAACAAUAACCAGGGCUUUUUGUGGGCCGGGAAAGAAUGACAGAUGUGACAGGUGUCCCAAGUGAGCUGCGUCAAACAGAGGACAAUCCAGGACAGGUAGCAACCCUAGGUGAGGAUGGUGAAGAUUAUGAUUGCGAUGUUAGUGGUGGUGGUGAUGGGAAAUGACCAAUGGGUUGUUUUCAUCGCCAUCAGCGAUGGGUUUUCCUGAGUUCCACGUCAGGAACCAGUCUAUCCAGAUGCAAUCGAUGAUGAUGGCGACAGUGAUGAUGUUGACGUCGGUGAAUAGGGUGAUGAUGAUCAGAGUUUAUUAAGGUUGUGAUGAUGGAUACCAAAACACCCGCUGUUGCCUUACCACAAUGUGGUACUUGUUUUAUUUAGCCUAGAUUGGUGGUGGUGGUGAUGCUAGAAAGCUGUGUCAACCCCAUACCAGGAUGUAAACUGGUAACCUCCCGUGUGAGAACAGCUCUGCUACUACAACUGAUUCCUGCCAAGUACAACAACAAGAAUAAUAAUGCUGACAAUAUUGAUAUUCCUUUAUAUUACCAGGCAAGCCUCACUGAAUCUCAACACUUUUUCUUGAGAGUCCUGAAUGGAGAAGAUGUGGAAAAUGUCCUUGUUCGGUGACAAAAACGUGGGCGACAACACUGAAACACCCAUCGACACAUUAUAACAAUGAUUAUUAUAAUUUUCAGCCCUUUAUCAAUCCACCACUGGAUGAAGGCCUCCUCACGCCGGCUCAAUCAUGACGAUUGUUUUUACCAUACUUCACCAGGCUCGUCGGUGCGAGUUGGUGAAUGUGUGUGUGGGCCCUGCACCGGUACAGAGAGAUUGCUUGCAACUGAUGUUAGCCGUG